GUUUGUCGGCAAUAAUGACCUCAAAUGCCAUGAAUUUGAGGCCAAAUAACGAAAAGUAUUUAUUAAAUGGCAAUCAAUUGGUGUUGAAUGAGAGGUCCGGCGGACGACACGCGCGACUCGUGUGCACUUCAAACACGUGUUAUACAAAUGUGGAAAACUAUACACCAUUUGACACAAUGGAUGGUCUCAUAUAUAAAGUCCGCCGAUAUUUCGGUUACUCAUCGGUUCCUAAAUAUCGUCUCCGAAACACAUCCGUCUAUCUCUACGAGUCGGCCACCGAUGGCGUCGAUAUCGAGAAGUUCUUCGUCCACCUCAAUCUUCCGGACACUUAUCUGUCGUGGUUUUUGGUGACUGAACUGCACGUAUGGAUGCUUAUGAUUAGGUCUAUGGUUGAGGGCAAAGAGGGACGGCUUAUGCGCAACGAAAUCACGGCCAGAAUGUGGGAGGACUGCGAGACACGGCUUAAGCUUAUGACGCAUAUGCCACAAUCUGUCCGUCGGAAAGGAUUGGAGGACUUAUUACAACAAUUUCGGGCAUCUCUUAUAGCAUACGACGAGGGCUUUUUAACUGACGAUAAAACACUGGCGGCCGCUCUUUGGAGGACAUUAUUUACCUAUGAAUCAGUUGAUCCCAAAUAUCUUGAGCUUAUCGUUCAGUACAUACGGACCCAAGUCGAACACUUGCAUACCAUUGGGACCGAAAAGUUUUUCCUCGACGGGAAGAUCACGUGGAAACCAUUCCCACCGUUUUAUCCAUAGUUAUUGUUUUGUAAUUUAUUUUGUGCAUUCAAUUUUAGUGUUUAUUUAAUGUAAAAUCAGUUGUUUAGAUAAAAUACAUUUGACGCCAAAUAAUUUUGCGAAAUAAAAUUUUGAAAAGUUUGGUAUAAACACA